GACAAUGUGGCCAAUCGCGUGCUAGCCACCAAUAAGAAAACAGAAAGCAAUCGCCUGCGCACGACCGACAAGGCUGAUCGAGCCACGAGCGAGCAGGUUUUAGAUCCACGAACGCGCAUGAUGCUAUUCAAACUCUUGAGUCGGGGUCUCUACGAUACAAUCAACGGCUGCAUUUCCACGGGCAAGGAGGCCAAUGUCUACCACGCCUCAAGUGAAGCCAACAAUAAGCAAUAUGCCAUCAAGGUGUACAAAACAUCCAUUCUCGUCUUCAAGGACCGUGAUAAAUAUGUGACGGGCGAAUUUCGCUUUCGACAUGGUUACUCGAAGCACAACCCGCGCAAGAUGGUCAAGACGUGGGCUGAGAAGGAGUAUCGUAAUCUGAUUCGGCUCAAGGCUGGCGGCGUGCCGUGCCCGACAGCGGUGGCUUUGAAGGCACACAUCGUUGUAAUGGACUUUUUGGGCGUCGACGGCUGGCCAUCUCCGAAGCUGAAGGAGGCGGUCGUAAGUGCAAAACGGGCCAAGAAGCUCUAUCGACAGACCAUUGAGCUGAUGCGGCGCAUGUAUCAAGACUGCAAGCUUGUGCACGGUGAUUUGUCUGAAUACAACAUGCUCUAUCACGAGGGCUCCAUUGUGAUCAUUGAUGUUUCGCAAGCCGUCGAGCACAGUCACCCUCAUGCACUUGAGUUCUUGCGGCGCGAUUGCCAGAAUAUCAACGAUUUCUUUGGCAAAAAGGAGGUGGGCGUCAUGUCGACGCGUGACCUUUUUGACUUUAUCACGGACGUCGCGAUCACAGAACACACAGUGGAUGAAUAUCUCGAGGCAGUCCAAGCACGGUCAGCAGCAUCGGCUGAUCCACAAGCCCAGCACGAGCUGGAGGUUCAGGAUCGCGUAUUCCAACAAGUUUACAUUCCCAACAGUCUCGAUGAUGUCGUUCAUCUGGAGCGCGAUUUGAACAUGGCCGCUGCCGGACAGACAGACCAGCUUUACUAUCAGAAAUUGACCGGCAUGCGCACAGAUCUGAGUGGAGCGGCAGACGCUGUGCCCGAGCUUCUUCAGGACAACGAAGAUGACGAGGACGAAGGUGACGAGGAUGAGGGUGACGAGGAUGACUUUGACGAGGAAGAGGGCGCAUACGACGACGAUGGGCAGCCCAAGAUUCCGAACUUGGAGGGGCUGAGCAAAGCCGAGCGGAAAAAGGUGGUGAAGGAGUUUAAUCGCGAGCGUCGAGCAGCCAAGACGCCCAAGCAUGUCAAGAAACGCAAAGAAAAACUGGCAAAGCACCGCCGCGGCCAUAAGUAA